AUGUCUCAAGCAAGCACAACCACUGCCAAAUCUUCCCACAAGCCUGCUCCUUCUAACAAGGAUAGCAACACCUUAACAGCUCCACCAGCCACGUCCCCUGCUCAUGCUCAAACCAAUGUUGCUCAAGGACUCAAGCAAGCUCAUACUGACGUAAUGAAAUGGUUCUCCCAAUCUCAUGGUACAGUAUACGACAGCAACGUUGCCAAAUUGGAAGCUAAUGGAGUUAAAAGAGAACAUGUUGUUUACGGCUUUGUUGGAUUCCUCGUUUUAUACCUCCUUGCUGGAAGCUACGCUGCCUUCGUCAGUAACUUAAUUGUUCUCGUCUACCCAGUUAUGAGAGUUGUGGCUUUGAAACCCAACAAUCAAGCUGAGUCGUCUAGUCUCUUGAGCUACUGGGUGCUGUUUGCUGCAUUUGCCAUGUUGGAUGUUCUCCUCUAUGAUUUUCCUGCCUACUACGUCAUCAGGACCGCUGUCCUCGUUUUCGGAUACUUACCUCAAACCCGCGGUUCUUGCCUCAUCUACACCCGUGCAUUCGAACCAUUGAUGGCGUUAGCGACUGGUAUUUUAGAGAAAGCUAAGCUUGUCUAA